GAUGGCCCCCCCAGGGCAGGCCCUGCGGACACCCCUCCCUCCGGCUGGCGGAUGCAGUGCCUAGCGGCAGCUCUUAAGGACGAAACCAACAUGAGUGGGGGAGGGGAGCAGGCCGACAUCCUGCCGGCCAACUACGUGGUCAAGGAUCGCUGGAAGGUGCUGAAAAAGAUCGGGGGCGGGGGCUUUGGAGAGAUCUAUGAGGCCAUGGACCUGCUGACCAGAGAGAAUGUGGCCCUCAAGGUGGAGUCAGCCCAGCAGCCCAAACAGGUCCUCAAGAUGGAGGUGGCUGUGCUCAAAAAGCUACAAGGGAAGGACCACGUGUGCAGGUUCAUUGGCUGUGGCCGGAAUGAGAAGUUCAACUAUGUAGUGAUGCAGCUCCAGGGUCGGAACCUGGCUGACCUGCGCCGCAGCCAGCCCCGAGGAACCUUCACACUGAGCACCACACUGCGGCUGGGCAAGCAGAUCCUCGAGUCCAUUGAGGCCAUCCACUCUGUGGGCUUCCUGCACCGCGACAUCAAGCCGUCAAAUUUUGCCAUGGGCAGGCUGCCCUCCACCUACAGAAAGUGCUACAUGUUGGACUUCGGGCUGGCGCGGCAGUACACCAACACCACAGGAGACGUGCGGCCGCCUCGGAAUGUGGCCGGGUUUCGAGGGACUGUUCGCUAUGCCUCAGUCAAUGCCCACAAAAACCGGGAGAUGGGUCGCCAUGAUGACCUGUGGUCCCUCUUCUACAUGCUGGUGGAGUUCGCAGUGGGUCAGCUGCCCUGGAGGAAGAUCAAAGACAAGGAGCAGGUAGGGAUGAUCAAAGAGAAGUACGAGCACCGGAUGCUGCUGAAGCACAUGCCCUCCGAGUUCCACCUCUUCCUGGAUCACAUCGCCAGCCUUGACUACUUCACCAAGCCCGAUUACCAGUUGAUCAUGUCAGUGUUUGAGAACAGCAUGAAGGAGCGGGGCAUUGCGGAGAACGAGGCCUUCGACUGGGAGAAGGCAGGCACGGAUGCCCUUCUGUCCACGAGCACGUCCACGCCGCCCCAGCAGAACACGCGGCAGACGGCAGCCAUGUUUGGGGUGGUCAAUGUGACGCCAGUGCCCGGGGACCUGCUCCGAGAGAACACCGAGGAUGUGCUGCAGGGCGAGCACCUGAGUGACCAGGAGAAUGCACCCCCAAUCCUGCCUGGCCGGCCCCCUGAGGGGCUGGGCCCUGGCCCCCACCUUGCCCCCCACACUGGGGGUCCCGAGGCUGAAGUCUGGGAGGAGACCGAUGUCAACCGGAAUAAACUCCGGAUCAACAUUGGCAAAACCCCCUGUGUGGUGGAAGAGGAGCAAAACCGAGGUGUGGGGGUCCCCAGCUCUCCGGUCCGUGCCCCCCCAGACUCCCCAACGACCCCAGUUCGUUCUCUGCGCUACCGGAGGGUCAACAGCCCCGAGUCAGAGAGGCUGUCCACAGCAGAUGGACGAGUGGAGCUGCAUGAGCGGAGGUCACGAAUGGAUCUUCCCGGCUCCCCCUCGCGCCAGGCCUGCUCCUCGCAGCCAGCUCAGAUGCUGUCAGUGGACACAGGCCACGCUGACCGGCAGGCCAGCGGCCGCAUGGACGUGUCAGCCUCCGUGGAGCAGGAGGCCCUGAGCAACGCCUUCCGCUCGGUGCCACUGGCCGAGGAGGAAGAUUUUGACAGCAAGGAGUGGGUGAUCAUUGACAAGGAGACGGAGCUCAAGGACUUCCCCCCGGGGGCCGAGCCCAGCACGUCGGGCACCACGGAUGAGGAGCCUGAGGAACUUCGGCCGCUGCCCGAGGAGGGCGAGGAGCGGCGGCGGCCAGGGCCAGAGCACUCCGUCCGGCCCCGGGGACGCAGCAUGCAGACCCUGGCCGAGGAGGACCUGAGGCAGAUGCCAUCCCAGCCCCCGCCACCCCAGCUGAGCCAGGCUGAGGGCAGGUCAGAGACAUCGCAGCCCCCCACGCCAGGCAGCCCUUCCCACUCGCCCCUGCACUCGGGACCCCGCCCUCGACGGAGAGAGUCAGAUCCCACAGGCCCGCAGAGACAGGUGUUCUCCAUGGUGUCUCCGUUCGAGGUGAACGGGCUCCCUCGAGCUGUGCCUCUGAGCCUUCCCUACCAGGACUUCAAGAAAGACCUCUCUGACUACCGCGAACGGGCUCGGUUGCUCAACAGGGUCCGGAGGGUAGGCUUCUCGCACAUGCUGCUCACCACCCCCCAGGUCCCGCUGGCUCCUGUUCAGCCUCAAGCCAAUGGCAAGCAAGAAGAAGAGGAGGAGGAGGAGGAAGAGGAGGAGGAGGACGAAGAGGAAGAGGAGGAGGACGAAGAGGAGGAGGAGGAAGAUGAGGAGGAGGAGGAGGAGGAGGAAGAGGAGGAAGAGGAGGAAGCAGCGGCUCUGGGGGAGAUGCUGGGGCCACGCAGCGGUUCCAGCAGUGAGGGGAGUGAGAGGAGCACUGACCGCAGCCAGGAGGGGGCCCCAUCCACACUGCUGGCGGAUGACCAGAAGGAGUCCAGGGGUCGGGCCUCCAUGGCUGACGGGGACCUGGAGCCUGAGGAGGGCUCCAAAACGCUGGUGCUCGUCUCCCCUGGUGACAUGAAGAAGUCGCCCGUCACUGCCGACCUGGCCCCGGACCCGGACCUGGGCACCCUAGCGGCCCUCACGCCUCAGCACGAGCGGCCCCAGCCCACCGGCAGCCAGUUGGACGUGUCUGAGCCAGGCACCCUCUCCUCUGUCCUCAAGUCCGAGCCCAAGCCCCCUGGGUCUGGAACAGGGCCAGGAGCCGGGGCCGGGGCAGUGACCACAGGAGCAGGGGGAGUGGCGGUCACCUCCUCACCCUUCACCAAAGUCGAGAGGACCUUUGUGCAUAUUGCUGAAAAAACCCACCUCAACGUUAUGUCUUCCGGUGGACAAGGCUCUCAGCCUGAGGAACUGGGCGCUGGGGGCGAGCUGGGCCUGGAGAUGACUUCUGAUGGGAGAGCUGCGGAAGAAGGGGCCUCUAUACCCUUGGAGAAUGGCGUUGCCCAGUCAGGGCUGGAUGUGGCUGAGAUGGAGAGCCACACCCUGCCCGGCCUCCCCCAGGACACCCCCUCGGAGGUGCCCACGGACUCACUGCCCAAUGGCCCAGCCCUUGCCGACGGGCCAGCCCCAGCAUCCCCGCUGGGACCAGGCCCUGAGAAACUGACCGCCAGUUCCCCCAGCCACCAGGCCAGGCCAGGCCCUCGCCUCAGGAGCCGUAUACCUGUCUUGUUGUCUGAGGAGGACACAGGCUCAGAGCCCUCGGGCUCACUGUCGGCCAAAGAGCGGUGGGGCAAGCGGGCUCGGCCACAGCAGGACCUGGCCCGGCUGGUGAUGGAGAAGAGGCAGGGCCGCCUGCUGUUGCGACUGGCCUCUGGGGCUUCGUCCUCCUCCAGUGAGGAGCAGCGCCGAGCCUCUGAGACCCUCUCAGGCACCGGCUCCGAGGAGGACACACCUGCCUCCGAGCCUGCGGUGCCCAGGAGGGCUGGCCGGGCACUACUCGCCCGGAGCCGGAUCCCCCGCCCCAUCAGCAUCCGCAUGCCCACGCAGGUGCAGGCGCCGGCUGCAGCCCAGCAGCCCUCCGGAGGACCCCCUGGCACAGCCCUGGCAUCUGACACAGCCAUCACCAGCAGGCUCCAGCAGCAGAAGCCGCCAGGGUCAGCCACUCCCGCGGAC